AUGGACCUCUUCCGCGAGACGUUCGCCGGCACCAUCGUCAACUUCGUCACGCACGGCAAGGCGCUCCCGUACCCAGAGCAGAGCACCGGCUUCAGGGCGCCCGAGUACUUUUGCCCCGAGUGGCAGGCGGCGCACCCGGACGCGUUCCGCCGCCCCUCGACGUCGUCGGAGCAGACCACUAUAGGCGACACGCAGCCGCAGGAGAAGGGAAAGGAAAAGAGGCAGGAAAAUGUGCAGCCCGAAGAAGCGGAGAAGGGACUCGACCCGAAUCUCGUCACCUGGUACGGCCCCGACGACCCCGAGAACCCGCGCAACUGGUCCUCGGCCAAGAAGGCAUUUGUUACCAGCCAGCUGUGCCUCCUCACCUUCUCCAUCUAUAUCGGUAGCAGUAUCUACACAGCAGGCUUGGUCGAUUUGACCCAGCGGUUCCACGUGUCGCAGGUUGCGGCGACGCUGGGCCUGACGCUGUUCGUGCUUGGGUACGGGGUGGGGCCGAUGUUCCUUGCCCCUCUUUCGGAGAUUCCGGCGCUGGGCAGGAAUUUUAUAUACAUCAUCACCCUCCUCAUUUUUGUCUGUCUGCAAGUACCCACUGCGCUGGCGAACAAUCUAGGCACCCUGCUGCCCCUCCGAUUUCUCGCAGGCUUUUUCGGCUCGCCAUGCCUCGCCACUGGCGGCGCCUCGCUCGCCGAUAUGUAUAUCCCCGCCAAGCGCGCGUACGCCAUCGGCAUCUGGGGCAUCGCCGCCGUGUGCGGGCCCGUCCUCGGGCCGCUCCUCGGCGGGUUCGCGGCCGACGCGGAGAGCUGGCGCUGGACGAUCUGGAUCCUCCUCUGGCUCUCCGGCGGCGCGCUCGCGAUCCUCGUCUUCACCCUCCCCGAGACGUCCGCCGCGCACAUCCUCGUCAAGCGCGCUCGAAGACUGCGGAAGCUCACGGGGAAUGAGAAGCUCAGGACGGAGGGCGAGAUGGAGCAGGCGGAGAUGAGCGCGCGGGAGGUGGCGAUGAUGACGCUCGUGAGGCCGUUUGUGCUGAGUGUCAAGGAGCCGAUUGUGUUCUUUUUGAAUCUGUAUAUCGCGCUGGUGUAUGGGCUGUUGUAUUUGUGGUUUGAGGCGUUCCCGAUCGUGUUCGUUGAAAAUCAUGGGUUCAACCUGGGCCAGGAAGGGCUUGCAUUCUUGGGCAUAUUCGUGGGCUCUAUACUCUCGUACGCAGGCUUUUGCAUAUACUGCUAUUUCUGGCUGGAGAAACAGUUCGAGCAGGGCGGGAUGGAAGUGGUGCCCGAGAAACGCCUCCCGCCUGCCUUUGUGGGCGGCAUCGCCCUUCCCAUAUGCAUGUUCUGGUUCGGCUGGACCGCGUCCGCAUCGAUCCCGUGGAUCGUGCCCAUCAUCGGCUCCGCGUUCUUUGGCAUAGGCGCGUUCCUGCUCUUCCAGGCGGUACUCAACUACCUCGGCGACGCGUACCCGCGCUACGCGGCGAGCGUGCUCGCGGGGAACGACCUCUUCCGCGCGGGCUUCGGCGCGGCGUUCCCGCUGUUUGCGAACGCGAUGUUCAAGAAUCUGGGCGGCCCGGGCGGCGUGGCGUGGGCGAGCACGCUGAUCGGGCUGUUGGCGGUGGUGAUGAUACCCAUUCCUUGGGUGCUUUGGAAGUAUGGUGCGCGGAUCAGGAAGUUGUCGAAGUAUGCGGAUUGA